AUGACUCGGUAUCUCACCCCCUCCAAGAUCUCCCUUCUAGCCCUUGUUUCCGUCUACGCUGAAGGCGUGGUCCCCAAUUCUGCUAUCAUCCCCGUCCUCUCAUUUCUAGUCUCCCAUCUACUUCCUCCUCAGCCCUCAACUCAACAUCUCACCUCAAGCAACACAACAACCCAAGAUAGCAACCAUGCCAUUCCAAUCCAAGACUUUGAGGCUGCCACGUCAUCUCUAGCUUCCUCCAUCCCAGGUAGAACCGUCUGGGACCUGCUCCUGAAAAGGCUAUGGAAACUGGGCUGCUCCGACGCCCUGGACGAAUUCUUCGCUGGCAUACUAACCAUGCUCACGAAGACGCGCGAGGAUCAAAUCAAUGAUCGGAACAAUGGUAUCGCGCCGCAGACGGGUCGUAUGAUGAUCUCCCGCACAUCCCUGCUAGGCAUGUUCGUCAGGAGGGCGCAUCUUGAGUACACCCGUCUGCAGUUCCAUGAUGCGGUGGCUCUGUGGCGGGGGUUUAUCAAAUACCGGUUACCGACGUACCAACUGUGGGCCAAGCGGAAUCCGCUAGAUAGCCAGAUCGCGGUGGAUGUUAAUCUGGUUGAGCUUGGCCUAGAUCUGACGAGUCCGCUGGUGAAGGUGGUGUAUGGCGCGUUGGAAGAGGGGAAAGAUGUGGAAGUGGGGAUGAGCACGAGAGAUAUUGAGCGGCUGCUGGAUUUUCAGGUUGGGGAGAUGCAGAGCAACGGAUGCAGGAUUACUGGUGAAAUGAAAUCACGUCUGGAACAGAUGGUUAUGUCUGGAGUAUCUGUACCCAGCUCGCAACAUUAUAUAAAAUUCCUUGAUGCCUGGAAAGCAGGAGAUUACCCCUCCUCCUUUGAUCAUCUACAUCGCUACUUUGACUACACCAUGCAAAGCCGUGAUAGAACUUUCUAUCAAUAUGCCCUUCUCAAUCUUGCCAUUCUCCAAGCCGACUUUGGCUGCCACGCGGAGGCUGUCGCAGCCAUGCAAGAGGCCAUUUCGAUUGCCAGAGAAACCCAUGACAUGAGCUGCCUCAAUUUCUGCAUGAGCUGGCUUUACCACUUUGGAAAAGCCUUUCCAGAUGAAAUGAAGGACAUUCAGAACACGGGCAUGUUGGGCAGUGAAAAGGAAGGAUUGGCAUUUCUCCAGGCGAAGGCUAGAGAGACGGAAAUGUGGGGUCUGCUAGGUACAUCGUUACUUAGUGAAGCCAAACUGGAGCUGCAGAAUGGCGAGAGUGUGGCGUCAGCAUUUGAACAUAUUGUCAAAGCCUCAUUUCUCAAUGUGACGAAGGACGCGCCUAAUUUAGCUGGGCCUCUGCUUAUGCUGCAAGCUUCGACAUAUUCUCGAAUAGGGGUCGCACAUCUGGCGUGGUCCAAUUGCGAAAUCUUUCGAGAAUGCUAUGCAGAACAAGCUCCACAUGAAGACAACCUAAGAGUGACAUGUCGGAGUAGCAUGUUGCUGGCCGCUAGAGGAAGCUAUGGCCUGUCUAUGGCUCGGCUAAAUGAGAUAUCUUCCGAUUCGCUUCGAGUUCUUAGGAUCCAACAGAAUUGGACAUUCUUUUGCGGACUUUUGAAGCUGCAAAGACAACUUCAUCGAGAUGAUAAACUAGCAGCCGAGCAGCUUAUAUCACAACUACGUGCAUGUGCUCCACCAGACACAGAAUUAGUGUUGACACUCUCGCUCUUGGAGGUAGACUUUUUGAUGCGAAAGGGUGACUACACAGCUGCGCUCGAAAUAGUUGAGCGAAAUGCCCAGUCGAUGCGACAGGAGAACUUCGACGUUGCCACCCAGGUCAAAUUGCUAGUGUACAAAGCAAGGAUCUUUGACCAAACCAAUCAACCCGAAAGAGGGUUCUCGUUAGCAAUGAGAGCAGCCAAUAUCGCCCAUCGAUCACGGUAUCUCCCUGGUCUGUGGGAGUCUAUCGGCGUGCUCUCCGUGAUCCUCAUGGCCUUCAAAGAAUUCGAAGCAGCCGUCGAGAUUCUCGAGAGUAUCGUACCUCAAGUUCACGAGUGCGAAGAUGCGUAUCUCACCGCGCGUACAUAUUCUCUAUUAGCUGAUGCCAACAUGGGGCUGGCGGGACAAGUGCAGGUGCACAGCCAGGGGAGGGACAAAGUACGGCAGAAGGAGCAUAUGGCGCGGGCGGUGGAAUUUAUUGACUGCGCGUUUGGGGAGUUUUCAAAUGUGGAGGAUGUGCAGGGCCAAUGCGAAAUGAUGGCGAAAAAGGCGACUGUGAUGCAUCUGUCUGGGGAUCUGGUAUUGGCAAAUGAUUAUGCGGCCAAGUAUCUGGACUUGAAGAAACAGGCUGCAGCAGAGAGAUAA